GCUUACUCAUCACAAAAGUUGCCAUUUUGCAUUUAUUCGGUACAUAUAUUUCAAAGUAAUCUAACGUGGCCACUAAUAUCGUAAAAAAAUUACGGGGGGUAGUUGAAUGCAUCGACAUGAUAUAAAUAAAGUUACAGUUUACUACAGGAGCUAGGUACUGUUUAAGACCACCAGGACUUCGUCCACUUAAAGCACUCUACGUUUCGUUUAGCAGAAAACUGGUAACCGUCUCGGUAUUCUAGACACUAUUGUUUUUAAUUAGAACAAUAAGGCAGCUUGAACAAGCUAACGCAUGUUAGCAUUAGCUCCACAACAAGUCUCGUGUCAGUUCUGUUAGCAGUACAGGAUGUUGAGAUGUUUACACCAAGUUUCUCUGCAGAGCAACAGAGGGAGCUGGCGAAGAGAUUAGCGGCUUUUUUGUCUCAAUACAACCAUCUGACCGACUCCUAUAUUAUUGAGUUCUUCUCUGAAGAUCUUUGGCACACGUUACCCAGCACCUGGCUGCUGGUCUUACAGGACCUGACAUAUCCACAGAUUGCAGACCUAUUACUGGACACUUAUCAUGAAGACAGAAGAUAUCCUUCGGUGUGGCCGCUGUCUCUUUUGGCUUUCCGUGCUACAGCUCAUGCCCUGGCAUUUCCCAGAGAGUGCAGAGGCAAGGUAGCCGGCUUGUUGAAGCCUGAGGAGUUCCAGGAAAACCAGAGCCAGAGUUCUCUACUGGGACACAUAUUCAGGAAACACGUUAAACCCAAGAAACAGCAUGAGAUCCGAAAGCUUGGAAUGCUGGUGAAACAACUUUGUGACCAAACCGACUGCAGAAAAGUAGUGGAUGUGGGCUCUGGACAGGGUCAUCUUACUCGUUUCCUGUCUUUCGGGCUUGGACUGUCUGUGACUGCUAUUGAGGCCGACCACACGCUUGUUUCUAUGGCAUCCAGAUUUGAUGGACAGUUACUGUGGGCCUUGGAGAAAGAAAGGCAGAAAAAGAACUACUCCUCCUCUCAACUGGCUUUGUCUCAGCCCUUUCCCAGGCAUGUGGCCGGUUGGGUAAACCCCAGGGCAUCAUGGGAGGCUUUCAUCAAGCAGCUAAGAGCUGCAGAUCAUAUCACUAAAGGUCCCCCAACUCCAUCUGGACCCAGCAAGAAAAGACCACGGGACUUUGACCAUCAGGGGUGUUCUUGUAUUAUCCAGACUUCACCAUCUCAUAACUCCACAUGCCUUGAUGCUCACUCGCAGGAUGCAAACAAGAAUGAGGCUGAAGAGGAGUUAUCUGGGAAUUGUUGCUCAGACAUCCAGGCUGUUGAUCAGGAGUUUGUUAGCCAAGACAAAAACAGCUUGCAAAGCCGUCCAGACUUUGUCCUGACUGGUCUUCACGCCUGUGGCGACCUCAGUGCCACCCUCCUCCGACAUUUUGUCAACUGCCCACACGUUCGCGGCAUCACCUCUGUGGCGUGUUGCUAUAUGAAAAUAACAACCAAAGAAAAUCCCACCCCUCCAGGGUUGGUCAUACCUUCUGCCCCACUCAUACCAGAUACCGGAUCGUUUACCAAUGAGUUUGGGUACCCGAUGAGCUCCUGGGUGGCGGGGUUGCCGGGACAUCAGCUGUCUUAUAAGGCCCGAGAGGGGGCAUGUCAUGCUGUGGAGGACUACAUACGGAGGCUGAGGGAGGAAAGCGAGUUGCUCAGGACUCACUGUUACAGAGCUAUGCUGGAGACCUUCAUCAGGGAUACGAGGCCAGAUCUACGCAGAGCAGGAAUCCAGACCAUAAAAAAAGCCCAUUUACUACCUUUUAUUGAAUAUGCCCGUCUGGGUCUGGCUCGGGUCGGCCUUCCUCCCAACCUGCCCCUGGACCUGGAGCGAGUGGAGGCCAUGUUGAGGCAUCAGAACAGGGUGGUGGUGUACUUCAGCCUGGCCCUGCUGCUGGCUCCUGUGGUGGAGACGUUGGUGCUGCUGGACAGGAUGAUUUACCUGCAGGAAAAUGGUGUGGACUGUCACUUAGUUCCUCUCUUCAACCCAAACUUCUCUCCAAGAAACUUUGUGCUGGUAGCUCUGAAGCCUUCUGGACAAUAAGGACAAAAAGGGAAUAUAAACAUUUUUCACGCUUGGUUUUUAGUAAUAUUGAAUCAUGGAUGUAUAGGAAUGUUUCUGUAUGCUGGCCUUUGGACAUUAACGUUCCUACAGACACGUAUUAUAACCUGACAAUCAUGUUUGUCUUUUAUUUUUACUGCAUGGUUUAGUGUCUGGUUAAAAAAACCUGAGUUUUGUGGAUUUUAUCUUUUUCUUGUUUUAAUUUAUAAUGACACAUUUUAAUAGAGCUGUACGGGUCAGUUUUGUUCUUUGAUGCACUGUUUCUUUAUUUUAUCUUUUCUUAAAUGAAAGAAGUUGUUGCAGCAGAGUAUUCUUUUGUUGUGUCUUCAGUACAGUCUUUUAUCUUCACAUGAUGUUUUUCAUAAAAAGCAGGUAAAAUAAGUAUUGAACAUGUCACUAUUUUUCUCAAUAAAUAUAUUUGUAAACGUGCUAUUGACAUGAAAUUUUCACCAGAUGUCAGUAACAAUUAAGGCAAUCCACAAAUGCAAAGAACUCAAACCUUAGAUUCCCAUAAAUUAAGUUAUUAUGUGUAAUAAAUGGGAUGACACGGGGGAAAAGUAUUGAACACUUGAAGAAAGGGAAGUGCAAAAAUGCACAGAAAGCCAAGACACCAGCUGAAAUCUAUCAGUACUUAGAAAGCAGCCCUGCCCCUCAGU